GAACCACCUGGAAGUGACGUACCCACCUACGCGAGGAAAAGCUAACGUAGCCUUUGCUAAUGAUGAGCGAAAGGCUUGAGUUCAUGAUUGUUUGACUUUUUUGCUGAUUAAAACGUCGCCAACGACGAACCGAAGACUGUUUGGUGGCGCUUUUCACGCGGCCGAGCGCCAGAGACCUCAAGUCGGGUCAACGUAAACGCGUUGAUGGAUGGCUGAACACUUUUUUCUCAAGUCGGAUUGAAAGCGCAACUCGGCGUGCCUGCGUGCGUGCGUGUCUCAGCGUUGGAGGCUAACGCGAUGGCCGAUGGACGUCGCGGCGGUCACCGAGAGGAGCGCAACUCGCUGAUGUUGAUGGCGCGAGGAGCACCUGAUGAUGAGGACGAUCAGGUAGGAUCUAACGAAGGGGAGGAGGAUCUGAUAGAACCUGUUGGAAGCGAUGAGGAAGAAUCCGAUGACGAGGAGGAGUAUGAGGAAGAAUCCGAUGACGACGAGGAGUAUGAGGAAGAAUCCGAUGACGACGACGAGGGGCCACAUGAUGAAGAUGAGGCGGUCGAGGUCCAGUCAACGGCCUUGAGGAGAGACGAGACGAAAAAAGACUUGUCGGCCCUGCCGUUCGAGGACGUCCUGAAACUGCAGAGCUGCGCGGGCACCAAAGCGUUGGACCGGGACGCCCGCGGCGCUCGGCCCUCGUGCAAGCGCCUCAACAAGAACAGGCCCGCUGAGGUCUCCGCCAAGAAACGGGCGCCCUUCCUUCGCCAGGUGGUCCCCGUCAAGAAGGCGACGGCCAGGGACCCUCGCUUCGACGACCUGUCAGGGGAGUACAAGGCGGACAUCUUUGACAAGACCUACAGCUUCAUCCACGACAUCAGACGGCACGAAACGCAGGUGAUCCAAAAGCAGUUGAAGAAGAGCAAGAACGCCGACAAGAAAGAGCAGCUCAACGGCCUCCUCAGGAAGAUGGCCGAUCGGGAGCGAGCGCGGCAGAGUCGGGAACGACAGCGGGCCGGCGAGCUUCAGCACAAGAAGGAGCAGAGGGAACGGGCCCAGAGUGGCCAUCGCCCCUUCUUCCUCAGCAAAUCCGAGCAAAAGAAGCUGCGUCUGGCGGACAGGUUCUCGGCGCUGAAGACCAGCGGCAAGCUGGAUGCCUUCAUGGGCAAGAAGAGGAAGCGCAACGCCGGCAAAGACCGCAGGAAGUUGCCGUGGCGACAGCAGGCCGGAGAGCAAAGCACGCCGCGGGGGGGCCAACGCCCUUGAACAUGGCCGGCAGUUUUUUUUUGUUUUGUUUUUUAAUAUAUAAAAAGCGCCUCUCGCCCGGCUGCCGGAUAAUAAAUCAACACUUGACAAAG